CCUGAUCAAAUGAUGGAGAAAGUUCAGGUUCUUCUGCUCUCCAUCAUCCAGCUGCUCUACUGGAGCCACACAGUUGCUUCAUCCUCCAGCGGUUUCUUUUACCAGGAUAUCAUGAACAGCAGCGCUAACAGAGACAUCCACCUCUCUGGUGUGAGACUGCGGGUCCAGGCUCAGCCUUGCUCUGUGUUCACUGUGAGGGGCGCUAAUGCCACCCUGCCGUGUCACUUUUGGCACGAGCCCCCGUUGACCAGCCCUCGCAGUGUGCGGGUGAAGUGGUCCUGGGUGCCGGUGUCUGGAGGCCGCGAGCUGGACGUCCUGGUGGUGUCCGGUCGCCAGCGGCGCAGCUUCGGAGACUUCAGGGAUCGAGUUCACCUUCAGCGGGAGCUUCCAGGAGACGUUUCGCUCGUCAUCACUGACGUGGGCAUGAACGACGGCGGGCGCUACCGCUGCCAGGUCAUCGACGGUCUGGAGGACGAGAGCGUGGCGGUGGAGCUGGGGCUCAGAGGCGUGGUGUUCCCUUACCAGCCUCAUUGUGGGCGCUACCAUCUGACAUUUGUGGAAGCUCAGCAGGCCUGUGAGGAUCAGGACGCCGUCAUCGCUACGUCUGAUCAGCUCUACGCUGCCUGGCAGGAGGGACUGAACUGCUGUAACGCCGGCUGGCUGGCAGACGGAACGGUGCAGUACCCCAUUACCAAGCCCCGGCACCAGUGUGGAGGCACGGGCGUGGCACCUGGCGUACGGAGCUACGGUGCCAGGCACAGACAAAGACAACGCUUUGAUGUCUUCUGUUUUACCUCCCCUCUCAGAGGCCGGGUGUACUUCCUGCAGCCUCCUCUCAGCUUCAGUCGGGCGGGGCAGGCCUGCGCCGAGGACGGAGCUCAGAUCGCUAAGGUAGGCCAGCUAUUCGCAGCGUGGAGGUUUCAGGAUCUGGACCGCUGUGAAGCAGGAUGGCUGGCCGACGGCAGCCUGCGCUACCCGAUCGCUCACCCUCGCCCCCACUGUGGCCCCCGGGAGCCGGGCGUGCGCAGCUUCGGCUUUCCCCCGGCGCACCACGAGCACGGCGUGUACUGCUUCGGAUCCAGGUAACCGGCGCAUUCACCGAGGUCGGAUUCACCUGCCGGUCGGAUUUUUUUUAAGGGGAAAUGAUUUAGCUUCGAAUUUAAAGGACUCGAGAAAUAAACGUGGAAUUUAGACACGACGUUAUCGUAUAAAUCCGACGAGACUGAACUGAGGGACUGAUCUCGGCUUUAUUAUUCACUUACAGAAUCAUAAAUAUUACAAUCAUUUUAUUUUUCGUUUCUUCCCUACACAAGAGAAGCGGGAAUCAGAAGUAUUCACACCCCUCCAUUGUGUUUAUUAUGUAUAUUUUUUUACCAUUGAUCUGCCCUCAAUCACCCAGACUGAUGUAAAAUCAUACUGUAUAACUUCCCUCUCUGGCAUCAGUUACAAGCUUUGCCCGGCUGGAUUUGGGCGGUUUAUCUCGUUCUUCAUGGCAGAUCCUCUUAAGCUUAGUCAGAUUGGAUGGCUUGCUCCGAAGCCACUCUAGUGUUGUUUUGGCUGUGUGCUUCAGGUCACUGUUGUGUAAAAUCUGUCCUCUGCUGCUGGUGGAACCCUGAUUGUGGGUGAGGUGGACUCACGCCUCCUCUUACCCCCACCCACAUAGUCCGGUCAUCCCUCCCUAGCAGAAAUGUGUCUGCAGCAGGCACUGCCAAUUAUGUCCGCUAGAUGGCCUUUUAUUACAUUCUUUGAUUGAAACUAUUACAAAAAUCAGUGGAAAUUAGGAGUGAUGUAUUGUUUUUAUUUAUGUAAUAAUUAACACUUGUGAUUAUAUAUAUUAUUGUAACCUCCAGUAUAUUCGUGCUCAAGAGAACAGGACUGGCUUUUUUGUCCUUAAAGUCGUUGCUUUUCUGCAACACCGAUCCUGUUAAUAAAAUGUUAAAAUAAAAGAUGUGAAGAUUA